AUGGAUAAGGUGAAGGGUAAUGCAAGCAAGGCCUUUUCUGCCGGGCUCGGUAAGGGCGGUCGGGGAGCUGCGUGGCUGUUAGCCGUUGGUGUAGUUGCCGGGUAUACAUAUUAUGAGAACAUGGAUAAUGGAUCGGUCUUUUCCUCCGAGGAACAAAAGAAGUGGAAUUCUCAACUGAAAGAAGCAAAGAAAGAGGAGCCAAAGUAG